AUGGAUAAUACUCCACCACAAUCUUCCGAGCUCGAUCUUCCGGGAUUCAGAUUUCACCCGACCGAAGAAGAGCUCCUUAACUUCUACCUUCGAAGCAUGGUUUUCGGAAAGAAAUUACGAGACGAUAUCAUCGGUUUUCUCAACAUCUACAAGCAUGAUCCUAGGGAGUUACCUGGCCUGGCAAAAAUCGAUGGGAGGGAGUGGUAUUUUUUCGUGCCGAGGGAUAGGAAAAACGGGAGCAGCAUAGGGAGGCCAAACAGGACAACCGAAACCGGGUUCUGGAAGGCAACCGGGUCGGAUCGCAAGAUACUCAGCAUAACCGACCCGAAGAAAAAGAUUCUCGGGCUGAAGAAAACGCUCGUUUUUUACGAGGGCCGGGCCCCACGCGGAAGGAAGACCGAUUGGAUCAUGAACGAGUAUCGCUUGCCCGAUUCUUGCUCCCCACCUAAGGAUAUAGUGUUGUGCAAAAUAUACAGAAAGGCGACCUCGUUGAAGGUUUUAGAGAAGAUGGCGGCUAUGGAAGAAGAAAUCCCGGUAACCUCUCCUCCAAUGGAGUCUACUUCAUUUUGCAGUCAACUUAGCCAAUUUGACGAUUGUGUGAGUUUUGAAAGCGGUAAAAAAGGGCAGAUUAACACCGGUUUAGUGCUGCCGAAUGGCGCCAAGGAAAAUAUAACCGAGCUUCAGCUGCCUAGUUUCAACAUCGACUGGACCCACGAGUCCUUCUGGAUGCUCGAGAAUCUUACACCUUUUUUGCCCUUGUGUUAG